AUGCCGGCACUCGAUCAGUUCCUGUCGGACAUAGGCGCAGGCUCGCUCUCGCAGGCCAUCCAGCUUCCCCCGCCAGGAGCCGAUACAGAGGGUCCUGCGGCCAAGCUGCACAAGCGGUUGGAGGAAGAGAUACUCGCGACGAAUGACAAGACGCUCGACUUGCUUAAGGAGAACUGGGACGACUUCUCGACGCAGCUGAAGACGGGCGACGAGCUCAUCGCCAAGCUCGAGCAGGAGGAGCGAGACCUCAAGUCGCUCGAGGAAGAAGUCGACGGACCGGAUGCCUUCUUGCCGCCCCUUGUCGCGCAUCUCGAGCAACAGCAAAAUCUCGCCGCCUCGCACCUCCUCUCGACCGCUUCCGUCUCCCUUCUCUCGGCUCUUCUCGCCUUCCACACGACUACUUCAACCCUCGCAUCCGCCACGACUUCGGGCUCGCUCACAUCCGCCGUGGAUGCCCUUCGGCAGGUCACAUCGGCCGUCGAGGAAGGAGCGGAGGAAUGGAUUGAGCAGACGGACGUCUGGAAGUCGCUCGUCCGAUGGGCUGGCGAGGAAGACAGUCGGCUCGAAGCUGCUCUUCACACAGCACUCGAGUCGUGCUUCGACAUCUCCCCAGCUUCGCCCGGCAACGGCGACAAGGCGACGCUGGCCCUGAGGGAGAGGGUCACUGCCGCACCCAACGGUCCGCAGUUAAGUGUGCAGGAGGUGCUGAGCGGCCUCGAGGAGGUAGCGGAGAUCACGGGGCGGCCGAGCCAGAUCGAGGGCUUCUUGGCUAGGCUGGCGAAGCAGGUCCUGCGGCACUUCGUCGCGCCGUACCUCGAAGCGAACGGAGGGUCGCGAAACGGCGCGAAGGUGGCGUUCUCGUUCGAGAAACCGUCCGAAGGCGUGCACGUCGCGACACUCGCCUCGUCAAAUGAGAAAGAGCACGAUACGAUCGCCGGACUCUCCUCCUUCCUCGCCUUCUUCACCUCGCACUCGUCGAUCUUCCCCGCCGACGACUCGCAACCGCCUUCGCGCUACGCCGCCACCCUCACCGCCCACCUCACGCCGUCGCUCCAGUCCCACCUUAUCUCGUCUCACCUCGCCCCGAACCUUCCCUCCUCGACCUCCGACUUCACGGCCUACCUCUCCCUCCUUUCCGCCGCGUCCGACUUCGAGUCUACAUUCCUCUCUCAACAUCACCUUUUCGCCUUCCUGCCCGCCUCGACUCGCCACGAAGGCCACGAAGUCGAAGAGCAGCGAGUCAUCCGCUCCUGGACGGGUCGUGUGCCGCAUCACUGGGCCCGGCACGUCGGAGAUGCUGCACUCUCGCGCAUCCGGAAUGUGGUCAAGGGCUGGGACUGGGCAGAAGGCGAGAUGGUCGAGGUCGAGGUUCGCGAGGAGGAAGAGAUGUUGGGCUUGUUGCUCGGACUUGGAUUGGCGGAGGACGAUGACGAGGAUGCCAUCAAGAAGCUGCCGCGCGAACUUGUCCUCCAGACUGUCCCGCGCGGAGCGAAGCGGGAGAUGACGAAGGAGGAGGCUCUCGCGCCGAAACCGCCUCGACCCCGUACUCCAACUCCCCCUCCUCCUGAACCUCUCGUCGUCUCUCCUCCUCCGCCUCCCGAACCCGCCACGCCUGAAGAGGCGCCGAAGCCGACGCUCAAGCGCGGCAAGCUCGGCGCAGCCAAGAUCGCAGCGCCUCUUCUGCCGCGCAGUCCGAGUCCGCCGCCGCUCUUCCAGGGGGGCGACGCGCCUACCGACACGCCCGAAUCGGCGCCAGCCUUCGAGUCGUCAACAGCCUCCUCCGCCGAACCCGUUGUCGAGGAGGCCGCCGAUGAGCCUGUCGCACCGCCAGCGCAGGUCGAGGACGCCCAGCCCGCAACCUUCGAAGCUCACCCUCUCGACCUCGACGCCGUCGAAGCUCCUACACCUCAAAUCGACGAGACCUUCGAACCCUUUGAAGCUCCCGCUCCGACUGCUGCGGGCAUCGAAACGACGGCCGACCAAGCUGAUCCGGAGGAUGUCGUCCAGCCGCACGAGUACAGGGCGCAGGUGCAUGAUGGUAUUGGCGAAGAGGAAGAGGUGAAGAAGGAGGAGGAAGACGGCGCCGAUGUCGCGUUGAACGACGUCGAGCAGAUGCGCGAGAAGGAAAAGCCGCAGGCGUCAGCUCAGGCGGAGCGCGAGGACCAGGACGAGUUGGUGCACGUCGAUGAGACGCUUGAGGAUUCGCACGACCUUGCGCGCGAUGGCGAGGAGGAGGCCAAGCCUUUCAUCAAGGAGGAAAGCGUCGAGCCACAGAUCCCGCCGACGCCGCAACCGCCUCGCACGCAGGCAGCCGCUUCGUCCUGGCUUGACGACCAGUCGCAGUCGUACCAACCUCAGCCGUACCAGCCGGACGCGUAUCCAUCCGACUCGUACCAGCCCGAGCCGUACCAGCCUCAACUAUACGAGCCCGAAACGUCGUAUCAGCCUUACUCGCCGUACGAGCCCGAGCAGCACCCGCAGCUUGACUUCGACUACGCUCGCGAGGAAGAGGCCGAUGUCAAGCCUUUCGAGGUGCCGGACCAGCACGACCCGGCCAACGACUUCUUCCACCAUCACGUGUCAGAUUCGAUCGCCCCGACAUACUCACCCGUACGCGACGCCGAGAAUGCGCAAGCGUUUCAGCCGGAGACGCAGGCAGACGCUCCCGCCGUGUCGAUCCAGGAGACGUACCAGCCGGAGGAGAACGCGCCUUACCAGGCCGGACAUGGGUCUUACGAGCAGUCGGGCGAGUCCGCAUUUCAGCAUCCGGCGACGUACGACGACGAGGAAGACCCGUAUGCCGACGAGCAGCAGCAGUGGUGGUCAUACGAGCCGACUUCGCAGGUCGAGAACGAUGCUGCGGCGUCCGCGCCAACAUUGGAGGACUCGGCGCCCUCCGCUGAGGCAUACGACCCGUACGCACCCUCAGCAGCCGACCUCGACGCGCAUGAGCCGCCAAGCCAUGACGACUUCUUCUCGCCGCACCAGGAAUCCCGACAAGCGCCCGAGCAGCAGCACGAGAUGCCCGCGCCUCAGCAGGCUUACGCUUCGUAUGACGCCGAUUCGUACGAUCCAUACGCGCCUACGCAGGCGCAUGCACCCUCUCCGCCAACUCGCGCCGAAGAUCAGCGAGACGCCUACUUCGCCCGUUCCCAAGCCGGUGCUCACAUGCCUCCGUCGGCUCCAGCUCCGCCCCCUCCUUCGACCGUUGCACCUCCUCCCGCAGGCAGCGCACCUCCUCCUCCCAAGGCGUCGGGGUCUGCGCGACCUCGCUCAAGCGCAUCCAAACGGCGCGUCUUUGCGACUGACGGCUUUUCAACGCCGCCCAUCGCCUCUGCACUGGUGCAACCACCCCAGGUGCUCUCGCCGCCUUCGCAACCCCCUCGCACGAUCGUCUCGCCGCCUCCCGAAGACCAGCAAGCCUCCUACGUACCGAUGGUCCCGUCUGCUCCUGUGGAACCAGUUCCGCCUCUGCGUCAGGCGGCGACCGCCUCUGCACCCACGACGAGACCGUCGUCGGCUGGCUUCUCGCGCUCGCUGCCUGGGCGACCCUCAUCCGCUCAACGACAGGACGGCCCAAUCCUCAAUCACAUUCAGCAGCGAUUUGUCUCUCCACCUCCGACAAUCGCAAACCCUUACGUCCCUAUGUCGCUCCCGCCCUCCGCUCAGCCGCAGAUUGCCUCUUCCUCGUCGUACAUCCCGGCCAACGACCCGCUCUUCGCCGACUUGCUUGGUGGCAGCAAAAACAGUUCUAGGCCGGCCGCAAACUACUUCGUCCCCGAUCCACCCGGCCCGCCGCAACGAUCGUCGUCCGCCUCGUCGCACUCGUCUCGCUCUGCUCCGCAAGACCAACAUCAGCCGGCUUAUUCAUCGCAAUACGCGUCUGUUGGCUAUGACUACCAGCCUCAGCGCCAGCAGCAGUCGUACGCUCCGCAGCAGCAGCCGUACGCUCCGCAGGGCGACGGAGAGAGCUUCGCAUCGAGCUACAACGGGUACGAGCAGGACUCAUAUUCGCCAUACGGCUACGAGCCACCGCAGCACUCCGCAAUGCGCCUGCGCGGGGGCGGAGAGGGCGACUUCGAAGAAGGCGAGGACGAGGAGGUCGAUGAAGACGCCCCUCAUCUCGUCCUCCGCCUUCGUGGAGGCGCCGACCUUGGCGAAAUGGAUGAAGAUGAUGGCAAUCGGAGCGCCGAUGAUUGGGGCUUCGGAGACGACACCCUUCCGGACGGCGGCGACGACGAUGGCUGGGGCUUUGGCGACGAAGUUGUCGUCCCGCCGACUCCGCCCUCGCCUCUACCGGCCUCGCAACCUCAUCCCGCCGUUGUCGCCGCGAGUACGCCCGCCACAGAACCGCCGAAACCGUCAGUCACUCGACAUGUCCCUUCCGCUUCUAUCUCUUCCGCAACCUCAGCUUCGACAAUCCCGCCGCGAUCACGUCCAUCGUCAUACGCGUACUCCCCUGCCGUUGCUGCCGCAUCCCGCCCGGUCUCCCUUGCACCGCCUCCGCCCGAAGAGCAGGCCGAGGAAGUCGGCGACGACGCUUGGGGCUUCGACGACGAGCUCGAGGCGCCCUCUCCCGCAUCCGAGACGGCGCAGAUCUCGACAGUAUCGGCUCCAGAAGCUCACCCGCCUCUCGAUCAGCCGCAAAGCACGACCUUGGCCGAGAUCCCCUCCGCCUCGCCUGCGGCCUCCGUCCCCGCCGCUCCUCAUCUCGAUCUCGAAGCCGAAGAGCAGGCGCCUGGGACUGGCGGCGUCGAUGAGUGGGGUUUCGGCGCGGACGAAGUCGGCGACGAAGGCGAGCAGCAGCCGCAGCCUGUCGACGAGCUGGUGGUCACCGAGGACGCCGAAGAGCUGCUCGACUACGAGCGCGCUGUCGAGUCCAACGAAGGCGUGCGCGCUUCGCCGCCUCCGGCAACUGUGGCGGACGAAGUCGUCGAUGCGGAAGCGGCACCGUCUUUCGGGCCGACUUCGCCAGUCACGCCCCUGGCUCAAGACGCGCCGGCGGACGCAGAGGAGCUACAGGACGACGGCUGGGGCUUGGACGACCGGGAAGAGGUGUCGCUCCUGACAACGUCCGAAAACGAACCCGUUGCGCCCCUAGAGGCGCCAAUCGAGACGAGCGACACGCUCAUCGGGUUCAUCUCGCUGCCGCCAGCGCCGCCCGAUGAUGGGCCGAACGACGAGCCUGACCCGCCUUCACACAAACUCGAUGCUUUCACGCUCGAGAACGCUCCUGAAGAGCAGCGAGACGAUGGUUCGGCGGCUACCCAGCCUGCGUCCAUCUCGCCUGACGCUCAAUUCCAGCAAGAAGUCCGCGAAAACGUCGAAGCCCCUGAGCUGGAAACGGAGGGUCCGAUGAAGACUCGCGACAGCCUCUCAGCCGCGUCGCCUUCAGCCGAACGGUCCGCUUUGAAUGCUCCUCCCGAGGACAUCGACGAGCCAUUCCCUGCCAUAUCUCACCCCGAGGAGCCGGACACGCCCCGAAUUGCCACGCCUCUUCCGCAUCACGACGCCGAGCAGCCGAGCAGUGCGGCUCUCGCAACGGAGCAGAGCCUCUUCGACAUUGCCGCUGGCCCUGUUGAGGAUGCGGCCGUCGUGGCGGACGGCGAGAACGAGGACGGCUGGGGUCUUACGCCUGAGGACGAAGAGGACCAAGGAGCGCUUACCGCGACGGACAGCUUCCUCGCUGAUCGCAAGGAAGCGGACGCACAGAACGAUGUCUUUCCGGCCGUACCUGCCGUCAUCGAGCGCGCCGGCAUGCCAGAUGACGGCGACUUUGCCGACUUCGACGCUCCGCAAGUCAGCGAGACGACCGGGUCGCACGGCUGGGAGCCGCUCGAGGAUCCUGGCCAGCAGAUCAGCAGUCCGCCGCUCCCUCGUACGCACAAUGUCGAGCACGAUCACGAGGACGUGCCAGUCAUUGCCGACUCGGUCAAUGUCGAGCCGUUCGCCCAGGAGCAAGUCGCGCUUCAAUCAUCCGGCUCGACGCCCGACCAGCCACCCGAGGCGAGCAUCUCGUCGCCCGAGGUCAUCGACCACGCUGAUGCCUGGGACAUUGACGGUGAAGGCGCUGAGCCGCUUGAAGCCGACGAAGAAGUCGAGGAGGCGCACGAUGGCGUGCACGACUCGACCGUUCAGCACGAGCUCGAUCGGCCGACUCAGCGAGACGACUCUGCGGUUCAGCACGAAGCGAUGCGACCCAUCGUCGACGACGCUGUGGUCGUUCCUGGCAUUCUCUUGCCUGCGCAAGACGCCCAUCCUCAGCAGCGCACCUUCACGCCGCCUCCAACGUUCUUGCCCGACAACGACGCCGCGCCGUUGGACUCGCAAGAUGACGCCGCGGCAGUCGAUGACGAAGGCGGUGCCGAAGUCCUCGAAGAGCCCGCUUUUGAAGCACAAGAAGGGCCGGAGCCUAUCGAGGGCGAGUCGACCGUGCAGCACCAGUCGCAGCGCUCGGUAGCACUCGCAGUUGACGUGCCGCACGAACCGCUGGCCGCCGAGGAAGUGCAUCCGCAGCAGCAUACCUUCUCGCCGCCCCUCGACACGCUGCCGCACGAGAACGACGCCGUCCAAGGCUGGGACCUCAACGAGGAGGCUCAGGACGGCGCCGCUGUCCUCGAGCAUGCCCCGUCCAUCGACGUCGAAGAGCCUGCUCCGCCUGUCCCGGGCGAGUCGGCUGUACAACAUGUCGCAGAGCGUCAUGUCGUCCCAGCGGUUGGCGACACUGCCGAAGUCCUUCCCGCCGAGCUUCUUCAGCCCGAGCGCCACACCUUUUCUCCGCCGCCGACGUCUGUUCCGCACGAGGAACAGGCUACUAUUUCGGUUGCCGAGCUUGCGGACGACGACGCCGGUUCAGACGACCCUUGGGACCUCGAGCCGGUCGAGCCUCAACCAGAGUCGGUUACUGCCGCUGCUUCCGCCGCGGAAGUUCUCGGCGCAGACGAAGAUGCGGCUCACGCCGAGACGCAUCUCCAGCAGCACGAGAGCGACGUUGUCGGCGACUCGGCCCUUUUCGCCGACACGGCUCCGUCCGCGACUGUCACCCAGAAGUCGGCCGAAGGGGACAUGAGCGCGGAUACUGCACUCGCCGCGUCGCAGCCGGCAUCGGCGCCCUCAGCAGACGAAACGUCCGUCCCGCCGCUUAGCGAGCGAGCCUCCGUCGUUCAGCAUAUCGACGAGCGACCAGUCGCGCCUGGAAGCGUCGAAGGUAAUCCCGCCGCUUUGGAACCGCAGCCUCAGGAGCACACCUUCAACGUCUCGCGGGAAGCGGUCCCUUCGUCCUCAGCGAAAGACGAGGAGGCCGACCAAGCGGUUCAGACUUCGACGAGCGCCUCUGCCUCAGGCGACGAAUGGAGCUGGGACGAUUUGCAGGACUCGUCAUCUCCGCGCCACGCCCCGGUUCCGCUCGCCAAACUUCCGCCCGCUUCCGAGCUGAAGCCGCGCGAAGCGCCUGAGGUGCAGGAGCCGACGGAGACGCCGGAGGACCAUGCAGCCGCGCCCAACCCGUCGGCUCAUACCUCGAGCAAGUCUAUCGACGAGUGGAAGUGGGAUGGGGACGACACAGCCAACCUCGCGGCAGCCCCGGUCACCCAGGCUGCGCCUGCGCACAUGAACGGCGCAGGCGCCAACGCUUCGACUCCUGCACCGGCGGAGCCAGCAGAGCCGAGCCCGUCGCCUGUGCGCCGGGAGAAGAUGAUGGUGUCGAAGCGUUCUCGCGAGAUCGUCAAGAUUGCGCAGGAGGUCCUGGUCGAAGCGUGUCAUGUCGCGGAUCCGUCCUUUGAACAUCCCGACUUCUCCGUCGCCGUUGCGCCUCUCCUGCAGACCUUUGUCUCGCUUCUCUCCCUUUAUCGGGCAACGGCCGCCGUGCACAACUCGAACCUGCUCGCCAGCGUUCCCGCCAUCGGCAUGCAGUUCGCAAACGAUGCCGAGUGGAUCGGGCGGGAAGUCGAGCGCAUCUGGCGAGAAGCGUCGGAGGGCAAGGAUCUGCAGGUCACGGCCAAGCAGGCUCGCGAAGUCGAGCUCGCCUUUCAGUCGACACGGCAACUCGGCAGGGAUACUCGCAGGAAGCAGAUUGCGAUUCAGCGUGCCGCUCUCAUGGAGAGCCUCGACGAGGCGAACGGUUUCUUGCGCACCUCGGGCGACGCGCACUUUUCUGCAUGCGAGCGCGCCCUGCAGCAAGUCACGCACACGCUGCACCGUCUUUCGCUCGUCUGGAAGCCCGUCAUGACGCCCACCGCUCUCUACACGACCCUCGGCGGCCUCGUCAACGAGGUGCUCCUGCGCGUGCUCGACGAGAUCGAGGACCAGACAGACAUCUCGGAGGCCGAGUCGGUCCGUCUUAACAAGCUCUGCAAGAUGCUCCACGAGCUCGAGUCGCUUUUCGACGGCAGCGAGACGACGGCCGGCCGCGAAGUCCCCGUCUGGUACAAAUUCUGCUUCUUGAGCGAGCUGCUCGAGGCGUCGAUGGCCGACAUCAUGUUCCUGUUCGACCACUCCCACCUCGUCGACUUCUCGCCGCAAGAGAUUGUCAAGCUCAUCCGGGCCCUCUUCGCCGACUCGCCACUUCGCAAUCAGAACAUCGAGAAGAUUAUCACGCAGGGACAUCCGGCUGCGCCGCCUGAGGAGGAGGACUGGUGA